AUGGCCGUGCAGCGCGGGCUGUUCGCGCCGCGCCGGGGCGACGUGGUGCUCGCGAGCGCGCCCAAGUGCGGCACCACGUGGCUCAAGGCGCUGGCGUUCGCCACCAUGGCGCGGGGCGCGCACCCGCCGGCGCACGACGCGGCGCACCCGCUCCUCCGCCUCAACCCGCAUGACUGCGUGCAGUUCAUGGAGAAGCUGUUCGCCGCGGGGUGGGGGAGCCGGGUGGAUGCGCUGCCGUCGCCGAGGCUCAUGGCCACGCACAUGCACCACGCGCUCCUGCCCGCCUCCAUCGCUGCCAACCCCGACUGCUGCAAGAUCGUCUACAUAUGCAGGGAUCCCAAGGACAUGGUGGUUUCUAUGUGGCACUUCGGCAGGAGAAUGCAACCCAGCCUGUCGUUCCUCGACGUGUUCGAGCCGGCCUGCGACGGCAGCGGUUUGAGCGGCCCCAUAUUGGACCAUGUCCUCGGGUACUGGAAUGCCAGCAAGGCGAGCCCAGAGACGGUGCUGUUCCUGAGGUCCUAG